AUGGCGGAAAUCGAGAACCGCGGCCCGCAGCUGGUGGCCGUCGGCAUAACGCUCGUCACAACGGCCAUCGUGGUAACGACUCUCCGAUGCUAUGUCCGAAUCUUCCUCGUCAAGAACUUCGGAGUCGACGACUGGUGCAUGCUUGCUGCGAUCACAUUCUUCAUCCUCUUCGUGUCAUGUGCGAUCACGGGUGUGCAUUACGGAACGGGUCGUCACAAGGUGAAUCUCACCGACGAUGAGUGGUCAACCGCCAUGAUGUUUUGGUGGUACUGCUACCUGUGGUACUGUUUGUCGAUGAUCGCCUCCAAAAUUUCCAUCGGCUACUUCCUCCUCCGAAUCACGGUUCGCAAGAUCGACGUUUGGAUCAUCUACAGCGUUAUGAUGAUGACAGUUUGCACCGGCGUCGUGUUCUUCUUUGUCACUCUUCUGCAAUGCCAACCGAUAUCCUAUUUCUGGAAUACCACAACCCAGAGCGGCCACUGCAUCUCCGUGGAUGUUAUCAUUGCUCUUACCUACCUCUACAGCGCCUUCAGCGUUAUCUGCGACUUCACCUUUGCUAUUCUGCCCAUGGUUCUCAUCUGGAAAUUGAAGAUGGACCACAAGACCAAGAUGGCUCUUGUACCAAUCAUGGCUAUGGCCUGCAUUGCCAGCGCUGCCGUCGUUGUGCGCAUGCCAUUUGUCAAGGACUUCAAGAAUCCAGACUUCCUUUAUGCAACCGUCGAUAUUGCAAUCUGGUCCACCACUGAACAGGGUCUGGCGAUCACCGCAGGUAGCCUUGCAACCCUCCGCCCACUCUUCCGACUCGUAGGAUACCGACUUGGCUUCACGUCCAUGGGGCCAUCGCAACUCCACGAUUCCGAACGCGGCGCCCCAUCUGCCAUGGGCGGCAACAUCAAGAACGUCAGCAACAAUAGCUCAAGCCGGGGCCAACGGCGCAGCCCUUUUAGUCUCACCACCUUCAUGUCCAAGGAUGAAACCGAGAGUCAUGAGUUGGGCAGCGGCAGCGAGUCAGAUCGAACCCAGCAGCAGAAGAUGUCUUCAAGUAAGCGUGCUCGCGGCUGGGAGUCGACAGGGAGGCGAGACAAUGAAAGCGAGACUGAAUUAACUUUCGAAGCUUCAAACAAGUCGGGAAUGGGGAGUGACCGCGACAACAUAGUCAUUGUUCAAACCUUCUCUUUACGGGAAGAUCGAUUGUAA